AUGCUGUCACAGGUAAUAUCUGCUAGUCGGUUGUACCAAAUAGUUGCGUCACCCACAAGUGAUAAUGAUGCCAAACUGAGAUCUAUUAAUGAACUUAAAACGCACGUAAAGAAAGAUUUUGUUGAUAUUAAACAGGUCCCAAAAUAUAUUGAAGCAUUAUCGAUAGCAGUAGAUAUAUCAGACUCUGGAAUCCUGACAAGCAGCUUUAGUGUAUUGUCAUAUUUGGUGAAGAGAGUAAGCAUGCAAGAUUCUAGCGGGGAAGUGUUGAAGAGUCAGAGUUACUUAGUUUUACCGAUAAUAAUCAAUAGACUAGGUGAUAUUAAGGCAAACGCAAGAAGUUCCGCAAAGAAAGCGUUAGAAGCAUACUGGUUUUCGGCACCUAAGGAAGUAGAGGAAUCGAUAAUAGAGAUUGCUUUUAGUCACAAGAAUCUGAAGGUGAUAAACGAGUCGAUUGUCUGGCUUGACCACAUAAUAACCAACGUUAAUCCACAUUUCAAAAUAAAUCUAUUUCUUCCGCAUAUUGUUAAACUUUUGCGUCUCUACAUUGAUAGUGACGAAGCCUUGAUAGAGAAUAUCAAAACUUUGUUUAAAGACUAUUACAGUUUAAAACACAAUAGGUUGUAUAAAUUCGACUUAUCUAAAGAAUUCGAUAUUCAGAAGAUUCCUUCUAAUGUGCAUGAAUCCAUAAUAAGUCAAAUUGGUACCAGCUCGUCUAAUUUAAUGAAGCUGGCUACUCCAGACAUAGGUCUUGAUCAUAACUUUAUCCUGGCUGGUACUACUCGUGUUACGGUAAACCCGAUGGGAAGAGAUAAAGGUACCAUUCUGAGUAACUCUCUGACACCAGCAUCAUUAUCGUCGUCCACGAUGUCAAGACCAAAAUCGAGGACCAAUUUCCACAAUUAUACAAAGUCUAUACUGCCCUCCCAAGACGACGAACAGAUAACAAAGCCUUCAGUACAAAACCCUGCAUUCAACAAAUAUAACACCAGCCAAAUGUCGGCACCAGCUAAGCCAGUGGCUAUGACUAAUGAUAAUUCUAAUGAAAUAAACUCUGAAAUAAGUCCCGAAAUUGAAAAAAUAAUUGCGAAGACUUUUACGUAUAAGAUUGACUCGUCUAUUCUACCGCUUGACGUAAAAGAUGUGGAUGAUCUUUGUGGAACUAUAAAUGAAUUACUUCCAACUUUUGAAGGUAAAGAAACUGAAUUUAACUGGGGGGUGAGAGAAAAAAACAUUGUCAAAUUAAGGUCUAUUAUAAGAGGAAAUUCUAGUAGGCUAUUUACUAAUGAACUUACUUCAUAUCUAAAAGAGUCGUCAGAAAGUAUUUGCAAGGCAGUUACAUCGCUACGCACCACAUUAUCUUCUCAUGGUUGUCAUUUCCUUAAGGAAUGUGCAAUAAUUUUAAAGGAACACUUUGAUCCAUUAGUGGAUUCGUAUGUUCCACAUUUGAUGAAAUUAUGUUCGGCAACAAAACAUAUUGCUUCUUCAAAUGCAAACAUGGCAUUAUGUGCAAUCUUUAUAAAUGUACCUUAUAAUUAUAGAUUACUUCAUAAAAUUUUGGUGUCAGCAAAUGAAAAAAACAUUCAACCCCGCUCUUACAGCGGUGUUUGGCUACAAAUAAUAUUGGUCAGGUUCCAUGAUGCCUCAAGCUUCUCCCACCAUGGGUCCAAUUCUAUUUCAGGUAUAGAUACUAGCAUUAAGAUUUUGACCAAACUUUUAGCAGAUCCAAAUCCCAAUGUGAGACAAGUUGCUAAGGACACCUAUUGGUGCUUCUGGGAUAAAUUUCCAUCUGAAGCGGAGUCUUUAUUGACAAGAUUAGAUACUAAUGUUGUCAAGGCUAUUGAGAGAUCUAAACCCAGGACCAUUACAUCAAGAAAUCAACCAUCAACCUUAUCCUCACUAACGGCAAGAAAAGCAAGACCUUCGAUAAAGGAAUCAAUUAUUGCUAGAAACAAAGAAUUGAGAAAGCAAAAAGAUCAAACUUCUCUUUCUAGGCCAUCUUCAAGGAUUAAUUCAACAUCGUCUCCUUGUCCUCCUGAUAAUGAUUAUUUACAGAAGCAUGAAAAGCCACAAUUCCCUACAUUAGAGUCUGGAAAGUUUAGUAGAUUAGGAGUUGCCAAAAGAACUCCGUCUACAUCCUCGCUUUCGAGAGUAGAGUCGAAUCAUGAUGCGAUAACCAGGAAAGUUUCUGAUUCAGUAAAUUCAACUGCUAAAAAAUACAUUGACUCCCAAGGUAUGAAUGCAGAUGUUCAGACACAAAAUAGUGAGACAAUGAGCACGUAUACCGUUGAUGGUAACUCUUCGAGUCGGACAAAUAUGGGACAAACUAACAAAUUUGAAUCUUUUGAUAAGCAAAGCGACCCUAUUUUAAAGUUUUUGUCUUCCAAUCAAAAAGACUUCAUCGCUGAAGGAAUAAACUUAUUAAAGUAUGCAAUUAUGGGUGAAGAAGAUUUAUCUUCUGAAGUAAAUGGCUUAUUGAGAAAGAUAUCGGUGAGAAACCAAGACUUGUUGAAACCUCUAUUUUUGAGUACUGAUAAUUUAUUUAAAAAGACUUAUCAGUUUUUUCUGUACGAAGACUUUUUCCGGGUUUGUUGUAUUUUGAUCCAUCCAACUGACAUACGACUAGUGAAUUUGAUUGUAUCAAUUGCAUCUGUGGAUGAUAUAUAUGACUCGGCUAUUAAAUUAAUCUCCUACACCACAAAUUUAGGUAAUAUUAUUGACGACAGUGAUUUGACGAUGCAAAUUAUUAGAUUCAAAUCGAUUAUUGUUCGACUGAUUAUCGAAUUCUUAAACCAAGGUUUAGAUAAAAUACCAAUAAGUGAUAGUCAUUUCCUGAAACUCGUUACUAAUUUGUUUGAAUUGGUAAGCCUUGUGAAGUCCACUGGACUUUAUAAAUCAUUUUGUGAAUUGUUAAUCAAAUUAUAUUCUAUAAAUCCUACUUUAUUUACUUCAGAAUUGCAAAUGAUAGCAACUUCCACCAGGGAAGAAGUUGAAUAUGUGGUUGGGAUUGACGAUGUUUUAGAUCUUAAUCAAGGACACGCUAACAAUUUUACAACACAAUACGAACUAACUAGAGUUAUACCUGGAAAUAAUUUGGGGAGAAUGUCACCUCUCAAAGCACCAUCUGAUUUAACAAUGGUUGUACCAGUUGAAAAGGAACUUAUUGAAGAUGAUAAUCUUGAUAUUGAUGGCAAAGUUCCAAGCGAAUCUGCUAAUGAUACAGGCUUCCGAACUCCACCAAAAAUAGGUGACAGUCAUACAAGUCCAGUUCAUUCAGAAUCAAAUACCAUAAUCGAAACAGAUGGAAGUAAUGCAGAUAGUGUUGGGGAUGAAGUUAAUGAUGCAAUGGAUGUUGACCAAAAUCCAAAUGAUGAAAUUUUCAACGGAUUGAAAAAUGACUUAGAAAUGCAUAGUGACGAUAAUAAAGUAAAAGAGAAAACGCCAAAUAACAUGCUGGAUAGCUUGAAGUUGAUUGAUGAAUCUGAUAAUAUUUUUGUUGAAGUAGACUCGGAUUCAGCCUCUCGGAAACCAGAUUUAUUCACCAAAUUUGCUCAGAAUGAUAAUUCAUCAGAGUUGGUGGAAAACUUUGCGCAAGUAAAGAUAACAGAACUAUCCAAACAUAGGCUACGUAACAGUGAUCCCAUCAAAAAUUUUAUCGACAAGGUUGAUCCGUUAAACAAACUUUCACUCAAAAAUAAACCAAUUAGCAUUUAUGAGGAUGUAAACUUCAAGGGUUCCCCACAAAAAGUAAAAGACUAUAGUUAUACCGAGCUAAAUUGGUUUAAUUUUCAGUUGGCUAAACUAGCUAUGGAUAAAGAAGAUAACCAGGAAAUAGAUUAUUGUAUCGAAGACUUUAAAUCUCUUUGCGAUAAUUUGAGUUCCAAGAAAAUUGAAGGGAAAGAGUUUGUAUCGGUCUUAAACUAUUUGCAAAAUAUACAAAUUUCUAAUGCUGAGUUUUCGAGAUAUUUCCAAUCUCUGGGUCAUUCGUUAAUUGAGAGUUCUUUAUGGAAUUUCUUUGAUAGUCAUAUUAAUCUUCCUGUUUCAAAGAAAUUAAGUGGUCUAAUAUUAUUAAAGCAACUACUUAUUAAUAGAUUGCGUGUGAGUUUGGAUAGAUUGUGGAACUUACUUGUAGGAUUGAGUUCUGAGUCCAGUAGUUCCAAAGAUGAAUUAUCUCUAGCCAUAAGUGAAGCCUUUGAUGAGAUGCUAGCUGGGCUUUUCAGCAGCGAAGUUAUUUUUGCAAGAAUCCUUACAACAUUAGAGAAUGCAGUCUUGGAAAGAGAGUUCUUUUCAUUGCCAUUCAUUUUGGAAUGUCUUUCUAAGAUACUUAGUACUAACGCAGUUUCCUUGCUAAUAGAUGAGAACUUGAUUGUGCGUAUUGAUAACGUGCUUAAUGGAUUCAUGAAUGAUGAAGAGGUUGAGAUAAGAAGAUGUGUAAUUCUGAGUUAUGGCAAAUUGUUGAAGGCAUCAAGAGUUUCCAGUAGCAUUGAAACGAAUGAAGAUAUUCGGUCUGAAUAUUCUGUGAUGGAUGAUAUCUUGAAAAGGUUAUCCAUCCCACAGAAAAAGCUAAUCGAAUACUACAGCCAAUCAUAA